GAUGCCCUGCGCCACAGUGUGGGAGAGAGUCCAGAGAGUCAGGAGGAGGGAGACAGUUAGUGAUUGCAUAGAGCCACCAGACAAUAAGGACCUAGAAACACUGCAGACCAGCCUCAUCUCCAGCACCUCUGCAUCUCCUCCAGUCGUCCCGCGUGUCUCCUGCCUGUCUGCUUGUUGUCACUGUGGAGUGGAGGUCUGAUGUUCUGACACCAUGCCGCUGCUGAUAUCACUGCUGCUUAUGGGGCUGGACUGCUUGCUGGGAGCCCCGACGGGCAGAGAAGUCUACAGGAUGCCCCAGAGUGCACUCAAAGCUCUGUCAGAUCGUGGCACUGUUGUUCUAGAAGCUGCCAUGACUAGUGCCCUGUCCACUCUUGAGCGUGCAUCAUCUGAGAGGAGUCGGGCUGAAGCCGGCUGCCGAGGUUGUGUUCCUUGUCUGUUUCAGAACUGUGGACAGCUGUCAGGGUCCUGCUCCUCUCCUUCUAGUGCCUUAUCUGAGCCCAGCUGUGAUGUCGUCAGUAAGGCCCAGAAGCUUCAAGAUGAAGCUGAGCGGAGCUGGGCUCUGAGUCAGGCCUGUGCCUACUAUCAGCGUCGCUGUCCACCUGGCGAACUGGACAGCGAAAGCUGCAUCCGGAUCAUGGGUGAGAGCUGCAGCGCCCGUGUCCUCCAGUGCAGCCUGCUUAACACAAUGCAGAACCUGGAACCGACUAUGCAGACACGUGCACAGGCAGUGUGUGGUCAGAGGUCAUCCACGGUGCCAAACAUUACUCAGCCUCGUUCCAGGAUCGUGGGUGGUUCGCCUGCACCUCCAGGCAGCUGGCCCUGGCUGGUCAAUCUGCAGUUUGAUGGCGGCCUCAUGUGUGGAGGGGUCCUGGUGGACAGCUCCUGGGUGGUCACUGCUGCACAUUGUGUUGCUGGCCGCAGUGAGAGCUACUGGACAGCUGUAGUGGGCGAGUUUGACAUCACCAAGACUGACCCGGAUGAGCAGGUUCUUAAAGUGAACCGCAUCAUCCCUCAUCCUAAGUUUAACCCAAAGACAUAUAACAACGAUAUAGCCCUGGUGGAGCUGAUGUCCCCGGUGGUCCUGUCUGAACAUGUUACCCCAGUGUGCCUCCCCUCUGGUAUGGAGCCCCCCACUGGUAGCCCAUGUCUGGUGGCAGGCUGGGGGUCCCUCUAUGAAGAUGGCCCAUCUGCUGAUGUGGUGAUGGAGGCCAAAUUGCCGCUGCUGCCUCAAAGCACCUGUAAAAGUGCCCUUGGCAAAGAACUGGUCACCAACACUAUGCUUUGUGCUGGCUAUCUCUCCGGAGGCAUAGACUCCUGUCAGGGAGAUUCCGGAGGCCCCCUGAUUUACCAGGACCGAAUUUCAGGUCGAUUCCAGCUCUAUGGCAUCACCUCCUGGGGAUACGGCUGUGGAGAGAAAGGCAAACCUGGAGUGUACACGCGGGUUUCUGCUUUCUCUGACUGGAUUCAGGCUGAGAUACAGAAGUCGUUUGGGAGCCGGGAGCCAACUUGUCCAGAGCUUCUGAAGACAACUGAAAUGACAGAAGAGGAACAGAGGUCAGAGUUCAGCUCUCUCUGUCGCUUCUAUACCCUGACCUGUCCUCCUGGUCACUCUGCCAGCACUUGCAGCCGAAUGGCCGAGGACAAAUGCCUUACUCGCUUCAAGAAAUGUCAGUUACGCUCGUUCCUGCAGACUCUUUUAGACCUGCUCCAGAGGGCCGAGGACUACAUCAGGGACAAGGUGGACUUAACUUUCUUCACUCAGACUCUGCCUCAGCUCGUGGAGCACAUCUACAGCACAGCUUUUAUUCACACCAGAGAGAAGAGAGACCUUGGACAGAGCCAUGGUCUCACACAGAUUAAAGGGCAACUAGGUGGAGCUGUGGUGCCAGCAGAGCAGAGUCCUUCUCCAGCUCCUCCAGCCUUGUUCAGAGAUGUGGGACCCUUGGUGGAUGACUGGGAGAAAUACCUGAGAAACAUGGCUGAUGAUAUGGAUAAACAACCCUCUGCUACAUUCACAGCUGUCUCUUCCCCAGCAAAAAGGCAGGAGGACAACCUCUUCUUACAGACACAGGAAUCCUCGGUGCAACAGCUGGAGAGAGAAUAUCGAUCUGUUAUCUCAGCUCUGCGCUCCAAACUGGACUUCAGAGCUCCUCCUCCUAUCUUGCACUUGGACACAGUCUACCUCCAGGAGGAGUCUCCCAACAAACCAUCUGUUCUUACUUCUUCCACCGAAGCACCAGUCCACACCGAUCCAUCCUCUUCACCCCAAGAACCCAAGGAGCCUUGGUCACUUCUGACAGAUUUGAUAAAAGAAAUGCAAAAUUUGAGUGCACAAGAUGGGAUUGAAGCAGAAGAUAAAUCCCAAAGUGAAACCUCAUCCAGCAGAGACAAUUCUCCUGAUAUAAACUGGAGCCCCACGUCAGAGGAUUUUACAUUUAUUGAGAGCGAAGUAGUAAAAUCUUCCGUGUUACCACUCUCAGAAGAGUCAGUAACCGUCGUCCAGCCAGUCACUGAGAGUGCCCACACAGAAACUGCUGAGACCAGACAGAUUGCUGGCAAGCCUUUAAAUCUUCACAGAAAAUACAGGAGCCUCCUUCGCAAGAGACAGACACCUGGUGUUAGUGGGAAAGUUUGUCCUGGAGUGAGAGAAACUUCACAGCAAGUCAACCAAGUCAGAGACUCUUACAGCUGGGUUUUAAACAUCCCAAGCAAGAAUUUACGCAUGAACUUCCAAGAGGUAUUAGUUGAUCUGAGCUCCAAGAACGAUCGAGGGCUUUACCAGGCUCGAGUCAGAGCUGUGGUGGGGGGACGACUUUUGACUUUCUACAGUCUCGUCGGCCUGGAGAAUGAAUCCUUCUACCGCAGUGUGCCAAGGAUCAUCGCUUUGGCACUGGAGGCACUCAAGUCUUAACUUGUGUGGCUGAAAUGGAAUUAAAGAACUCCAAUGAGAGACGAAGGCACAAAGUCUCUUAAAGUGAACUGUCAUGGAUCUAAAAAAAAAAAAACAACUCUGUCCCAACAGAGAGAUGCAUUGAAAGCGCACACUCACAAACUUUCCUCUUUCUGCAUUGUUUUGUCCUCCCCAUCUGAGAGCCUGACUUUGACUCUAAAUGAAAACAUGAAUGUAUCAAUCCAGUUAUGACCACCACUCACAUCACAGGUUUAUUUUAUGUGAUGUGAGACGCAGCCUUGUCUAAUUUAUGAAUCUGUACAAAAUGCUAAAUUAUUCAUAUUGUCUUUUACAAAGGUUGAGCCUCUUGUGAAGCACACAGACUGUAUAUAUUAUUGGUGUUAUCUUUAUUCUUGUAAUAUUUAUUUGUAUAGAGAAAAGUAUUUUUAUUUUUGUAAAAAAAAAUCUACGAAUAAAAUUGUUAUUGUUGCU